AUGUUAAUUCCUCUUUUCAUUGCAAUUGCUUCUGCAUUUACUUGUGAUUCUCUUAAUGCAAACACACUUUAUAGUCCAGAUGAAGCCUUUGAAUGUAUUGAAUCAAUUCAAACAACCGAAGAGUUUAACACUAAAUUACUUGGAGAUAUUACGACUUUAUUUGAAACAUACGUUUACAAAGACAUAGUUAAAAAUCCACCACAACCAUCAAUUGAUUCUAAUUACUUUACAUCAGUAGAUAUAGAUGAACGUUUAAAAUCCAUUAAUGUUAAACAAACACAACUUUAUUCAUUUUAUCAAGACAUUCAAAGGUUAUUCUUUGAUAUUCAUGAUCUUCAUCUUUCUUUUUCACUCGAAUCUAGUGAAAAUAAUACAUACGUCUUUGAUUAUUUUUAUUAUUAUCUUCCAUUUAAUUUUAAUAUUGAAAGAGAUAAAAAAGUUUAUUUAAGUCCAAGUAAUGUUCAUGUUAAUUAUAGUAUUCCGGAAAUCUUUGAAAAGAACAAAAAUAUUGAAGUAUUAUCUAUUAACGGUGAACCUCCUCUUAAUUUCAUUAGAAAAUAUGGAAAUGAACAUACAGGUCUUAAAUCACCACAUGGAAGAUUUACUUAUGCUCUUGAAUCAUUUAACUUUGGUAGUUUGGCAUCAAAUCCAUUGACUAAAGAAUUCUUUAAUACUCCAAUUGAGAUUAAAUGGUCUGAUGAUUCAAGUGUUAUUGUCUCAUAUAAAUUACUUUAUCUUCCUACUAGAUUUUUAUCUAAAAGAGCACAAACAGCACUUAAUUUAAGAAGACAAAGAAAAGUAUUUUCUCCAAUCAAACCACAUGAUUUAUUCCCAGAACUUAAACAGUCAUCUAAAAGCGAAUUUGAUUUAGAAACUUCAUUUUCAAGUUUAGCAUGUAAAACAUAUAAAGAAGAAAAUAGAAGUAUUAAUUUGUUAGUAUUACAAACAUUUUAUCCAAGUCCUUUGGAAGAGGAUGAAUUUUUUGAAGUAUUUGAAAAGUGUAUACAACAAUUUGAUUCAAAUAAUUAUCCUAUUACUGUUAUUCUUCCAUUAAAUGGAGGAGGAUAUACUGACCUUGAAAGUAACUUUGAAAAUGUUUUAGCACCACAUGCUGAUACUUCUUUUAUUGGAAGUGUUAGAGUUAGUGAAGGAACAGAAAAUUGUCUAAAAUUUGGUUAUGCUAGUUUGUUUGCUGACCCAACAAAUUGUUCUGUUAGAUUUGAUGAACCUCUCCUUUCUAGAAAACCAAUUGGUUCAUGGUAUUCUGAUCCAAUUAUUGAUCAUUAUGGUGAUGUUGAACAUAAAAGAAGUCAACCAUCUCUUGCUCCACCACAACAAAUGCUUGCUUCAAGAUUAGUAAAUAAUCCAAGAAAACCAACAGAUAUUGUUGUAUUUACAGAUGGUUUUUGUUAUUCUGCAUGUUCAUUAUUAACUAAAGGAUUAAGAGAAAAAGGAAAUGCUAUUAUUGUUGGAUUUGAAGGUGAUCCUGAAAAAGAAAAUUCAUUUUUUGAUGCUGGUCAAUCACCAACAUUUGUUAUUGAAGACAUUAAUACUUUAACACCAGAAGCUUUUGAUUUACAUACGUAUGGAGGUUCAAUGCAAAUAUCUUUCUUUGAAACUUACAGAUUUAAAUAUGAUUAUAAUGAAACUAUUCCAAGAGAAUUUUUACUUGACCCAAUCAAUGAACGUUCAAAUCUUUAUAGUUAUAAAGAGUCAAUGAUUGAUUCUUUUGCUGAUGAAGCAAUUCAAAUUAUUAAUAAAUAUAAAAAUGAAUGUGAUAGUAAUAAUAAAAGACUUGUAAAAGUUGAUAUUGCUUGUGAUAAAGAAAUACUCAUUGAACAUGCUCAUGGUGGGUAUGAAUGUGGUGAUGAUAAUAAAUGGACAAAGAAAUGUGUUGCUUCUUAUUGUGACGAUGGGUUUAAAUUUGAUUAUGAAAAUCAAAAAUGUAUUAUUGAUGUAUGUUAUUCACAAGAUGAUUCUCAAAGUGAUAACGAUGAUCAUUCUUUCAAUUAUUGGAUUGUUAUUUCCUUUGGAAUCUUAGCUAUACUCAUUUUAAUAAUUGCAUUAGCAAUAGGAUUAACUAUUGUUAUUAUUUCUUAUAGAAAAAUGAAAGCAAAAUCAAAAUACAAUGCCUUCGAAUAA